AUGCUGGGUGUGCUGGCUUGCACGAAGACGCUGUGGAAGACAAGCGUCGCAAGCUUGCAAGGAGCAUCUUCGGCCACGCUCCUGGAGGCUGUGCAACCGGGGCUCCGCAGUUUGCCCAGUGAUUUGGACGCUUUUUCACCGGGCUCCAUGACACGAGAGAUGUUCCUGAAUGCCGUGGCGGCCCAGAUUAUGCUCUUUGCGGGGUUCUCCCCCACUUCCGGGCGGUGGCUCCGAACUCCGGCUCGGAAAUCCUUUUCCCAGCGGGUGGAAAGCAUUCAGCCCACUUGGAAGGGAGGCCAAGUGAACUACUCUCCGGAAGCUACGGGUGCCACGGGUGGUCUGCCUUUGUUCAAGAUAGCAAACUCCGGCCAAACGGCACUGAACGCUGGCUCCACAGUGGAGUCCAUGUUGGCGUCCCUCGUUGCCCGGGGCCUCCGCGACGAGGAUUUGGACAGCGAUGCGUGGCAGGCCCUCCGUGCAAUGCUGAGCUGGCGCCUACCCGCCACCGCGCCGCCCCCUCUGCCUUCUGCUUUGCUCGCUUUCUCCUUCGAUGCGACGCCGCAGUGCCACAGUCUGCAGGAUUGCCACCUUCCUGGCCCCAGCAACGAGCUCCUCGCUGCCACGGUGGAGCAUGUCUGGAACACCUCGGAGCGUGUUGAGGUCUAUGCCCAAUGGGAGAUCGCGGCCGCGCUUCUGCAAUCCGGGCGGAUACCUCCAGGUCGAAUUCAUCCUGCCGGCGUGCCGGGGCGCUACAUGAACACUGUGCAGAUCCUCGAGGCCAUGAUGCAGGACAUCCUGCAGCAGCAGCCAGCCGCUCAGUCCCUCGUCGUGCUGGCACAUCCGGACCACUUGCGACGAGCCAUCCGAACCCUGCAGACUUUUCUGGGCAGCAAGGCCCGGGCGUUCCCAGCCUGGGCCGUUGUGCCAGCGAUGGCGCCCUACAGCUUGGACUGGCCGUCGAAUCGCUCUUGCGGGUCUGCGCUGGACCUCUACUCAGGCGUCUCGGCGGUAGUCCACAGCCAGGGCAGCGAGUUUCUGACGAGCUGGCGGGCGCGCAACCUCGGGUAUUUCCCAGAUGGCGAUCCGCAGAUCUGGGUGCGCAGUCGUGACUUGCUGGUUUCCACAGAUCCGGCAUCUUUGCUGUCGGUCGCGGCUUCGCGUCGCCUUCCACGUGAGCGGCAGAAGACAGUGGCGGUCCUCGACCGAAAUGCCACGAUCUCGCAGAUGCACCUUGGUGAAGGUGACGUGCCCAUUGUCGCCACCUUUCGAAAUCCGCUGGACCAUGUCUACUCCUUGUAUCUGCAGUGCAGCUACUCCUCAUUUGGUCGUGACAUGACACUGGAAACGGACUUCCCGCGAGAUCCGGAAGAGAACCUAACCAGUGGCUACAUGCCUGCCUUGAGUCGAUGGCUGGAGCAUUUCACUUCCGAGGACACGGAGGAGUACUACAAUUGCUACCAUCCGCUUAACAUGCAGGUGCGCUACUUGACAUGCAACGAUUCGGCGUUUCCGGAAGGCGGGCACCGGCGGCUGAGGAACCAGACCGACGAUUUGACUGAAGCCAUUGCAAAUAUGCGCUCGCUCUUUUUUGUUGGCAUCUCCGAGCAUUACGUCGCCUCGGUGUGCAUGCUUCUGUAUCAGCUCCAGCUGCCGAUGACGAACUGCGACUGUGCCGACCGGUCUGGCUUUGAGAGUGUGCAUCUCCGCCAUGGCGUGCCACCGCACAGCUCCAGUGUGCUCUCGGAGGAUGCCAAGAGAAAAGUCGCUGCGUUGACCCUCCGCGACAAGAAGCUGUACGAGGCUGCCCUGGAGGAGUUCUACGCACGCGUGGCGCACGUCGAAGCGAGGACUGGCUUGUCGCUCCUUUGUGCGGGUUGA